UCUAACUCUAUCUAACAUCAUACCAUUAUUUACUACUCCAUAUUCCAUCACCAGCCGCAAAUACGAGUAGAAGAUCUUCGACGAUGAGAAAGAAACUUGUCGGGAAAUAUGAACUCGGAAAAAUACUUGGCCAAGGAAACUUCGCUAAGGUUAAGUUAGCUCGAAACAUUGAAACCAAUGAGCUUGUGGCCAUUAAGAUUCUUAAUCGUGAUCAAGUCCUUCAACAUAAAAUGGUUGAACAGAUAAAGAGAGAAAUAUCUACAAUGAAGGUGAUCAAGCAUUCCAAUGUGGUGAAACUCUAUGAGGUCAUAGCAAGCAAAACAAAGAUCUACAUUGUUCUAGAAUUGGUUGAUGGAGGCGAGUUCUUUGAUAUCAUAGCCAAAAAUGGAAGACUAAAAGAAGAGGAAGCCAGGAAGUAUUUUCAGCAGCUAAUUGAUGCUGUUGAUUUUUGCCACAGCAGAGGUGUAUACCAUAGGGAUCUCAAGCUUGAUAAUCUACUUGUAGACUCUUGUGGUGUUUUGAAAGUUGCUGAUUUUGGAUUAAGUACGUUUUCUCAGCAAGUACGUGAAGAUGGACUACUUCACACUGCUUGUGGAACUCCUAAUUAUGUUGCUCCUGAGGUAUUUACUGAUAAGGGUUACGACGGUACAGCAGCCGACGUAUGGUCUUGUGGUAUCAUUCUCUUUGUACUUUUGGCUGGAUACUUUCCUUUUGACGACGAAAACCUCAUAAAUCUACACAAUCAAAUUCUAAAUGGUGAGUUUAUAGUACCUCCAUGGCUUUCAUUUGGUGCUAAGAGGUUGAUCAGAUGUAUUCUUGACCCUAAUCCUCUAACUAGGAUGACAAUCUCAGAAAUUAUGGAAGAUGAUUGGUUUAAAAAAGAUUAUAAUCCGCCAUGUUUUGAUGUUGAAGAGGAUGUUAAGUUCGAUGACAUAGAUGUUGCAUUCAAUAAUUCAGAGGAAAACCUUAUUACAAAAGGAUGGACGAAACCUGUACCAAUGAAUGCGUUUGAACUUAUUUCUGGGUCACAGUCUUUCAAUCUUGAAAGCCUUUUUCUUAUGGAACCUGUACCGGGUGUUAUAAAGCAAGAAACACGUUUUACUUCUCAGAGCACUGCAAAUGAAAUCAUGUCCAAGAUUGAAGAAGCUGCAAACUCCCUUAAUUUUACUGUUGUUAAGCAAAACUACAAGAUAAAGCUACAGGGUUAUACAAGUGGGAGAAAGGGCUGUUUUUCGGUGAUUAUAGAGGUGUUUGAAGUGGCUCAAUCUUUUCACGUAGUCGAGUUGCGAAAUAUUGGAGGAGAUACAUUAGAGUUUCACAAGUUCUUCGAGAAAGUUUCACUAGGACUGAAAGAUGCUAUAUAGAAGGAAUGAUAUAUUUGAUGAAGAUUCUACAGAACUUAGCAAGCAGGAGUACCAAUUAUUAUUUCAUCAUCAUCAUGCCAGUGUAUCCCGUUUAUAGAAAAAUUAUGAUCAGAGUAUAGAGAAGGAAAAAAGACGGCAACUCAUACGCAUAAAGGAGAGUGUAGUAAAAAAGUCCCUCGACUCAAGAAAAAGUACCAAUGAUUAUUUGAACUAUGUAAUUGAACAUCACUACAUUAACAAUGCUUAAUUGCC